UACAUGGGCAUUUAUGGGCCCGCCAUACCAACGCCCAGUCCAGGCCUGAAAAAGGCAUCGACAACCGAGGCAACCGAAGCGACGGAAAGUGAGAUAGCGACAGGUGACGUUAAAUCUGGUACAGCUCAGUCAAUUGGAACUGGUCGUGGUCGCUCGAGUGGCCGGCUGGCGAGGCUACUGCUUCCGGUGCGCAGGUCGGCGCCCAGUUCCGGUUGCAAUUCCGGAGAGCGUCAUCAUGUAACUGGAGGUAAGAUGCCGACUUUCCUGUAUCGUUGUUAUGGUGAUGCGUUGAAUUCAACGACAACCGAUUCCGCUGUACUGCAGCCGUUUGAACAUGACCUGAAUUUCGGUCUGAAACAUCUUCCCUCGAUUCCCGGUGAAGCCGAGCUCAUCUUUCGGCCGUCGAUUCUUCCUGCCAAGCAGAUAGGCGAAAUAGUGAGGAAGUGGAAUAAAGCACCAAUUUCCCCUCGAGCCAGAACCACUCUGGCCAUAGUUGCAACGAUAGACUGCUGCAUCACAGCUCUUGACUUCACCGAUCCAACCUUUCAGGUCACAAUGUGGACCUCGUACAGCCACCGUGACGAGGUAUGCAUCAGGUACCACGCCGGUUUGAUCAGGUUGUAA